AUGGGUCCAAUGAAACGUCAGAGGGCUUUUUCGCUGCGUACUCAAUUAUUUAAUAAGCAGCUACACGACAAAUUUCAGCAGGAUUACGAGGUAGAAGAAGGACCGGACGAAUUUGGUCAAGAUUUAGACGAUGUUCCUCGCGGCGCUCUCAUGGUUGACAUAACCAGUCGAUUUGUUAAUUGGAUUCUGCGAAGAAAUAGUAACCUGCAUACUAAGGCUGGAAGACUGAUACCCGUUAGCUUGGAUCAUUCAGAUUCAGUAUUUCAGGAUCUCACCGGGGCCUACGGAAAUAAACUGAUUGAUGAAAGAAGUCAAAAACCGUACCGCGAUAACAUCAUCACAUCAUCGCGCUACACAGUAUACACUUUUCUGCCGCGACAGCUAUUUGCUCAAUUCUCCAGAUUGGCCAACUCGUAUUUUCUUUUAGUCGCAAUUCUGCAAAUGAUCCCAGGCUGGUCCACAACAGGGACUUACACAACUAUUAUCCCUCUUCUGAUAUUCAUGGGCAUUUCCAUGUGUCGAGAAGCCUGGGAUGAUUUUCGUAGACACAAACUCGAUCGUGACGAAAACAACAAACCCGUGAAAGUUUUGGUGCAAGAUCAAGAUGACAUUGGAGGCCCAUCGACAGGGUCCAAUCGCGACCUGAGAAGCUCAGGAAGUAUUUAUUCCCUACAGCAAUGGGAGCAGAGCACCACGUCGACGAGUGCACUGAAUGCUGUACCGUCAAAUUUUAUCGAGGAUGGAGGUCUUCUACCUUCCACAGCUACGCCAUUCACGAAUUGGGAUGUGUUGAAACGCUCCUUUGGCGUAUCGGUUGUAGAAAAGCAAUGGAGGCAACUUCGGGUUGGGGAUUAUGUGAUUUUAAAUCAGGACGAUUGGGUUCCGGCUGAUCUGUUACUUUUGACCUGUGAUGGAGAGAACAGCGAUUGUUUUGUAGAAACUAUGGCGCUGGACGGAGAAACAAACUUGAAAAACAAACAAGCUUUAAGGGAGAUUAGCGAGCAGAUGGAUACGGUUGCCGGUUUGGCCAAAUUUAGAGCCAGGAUCACCGUAGAGGAUCCUAACAUCGAUUUGCAUAAUUUUGAAGGUAACCUGGAGUUACUGGAUCAACAGAGAAAGGUCACAAUAGGCCCUGACAAUAUCAUUUAUCGUGGAAGUAUUGUAAGAAAUACUCAAAAUGCCAUUGGGAUGGUAAUUUUCACAGGAGAGGAAACCAAAAUUCGCAUGAAUGCCAUAAAAAAUCCAAGAAUCAAAGCACCAAAACUUCAGAAGGCUAUCAACAUGAUUGUUUUGUUUAUGGUUUUGGUUGUUGCUUUGAUGGCACUGCUAUCGUUUUUGGCUCAAAGAAUCUUGAAAAAAAGGUGGAUUGACAAUAACGAUGCCUGGUAUUUGUUUCAGCAAGAUGCUGGUGCUGCUCCAACCGUGAUGUCAUUCAUUAUCAUGUACAACACGUUGAUCCCAUUGUCUUUAUAUGUCACGAUGGAAAUUAUCAAAGCGAUGCAGAGCAAAUUAAUGGAAUGGGACAUAGACAUGUAUCAUGCUCCAUCCAACACUCCAUGCGAGUCCCGUACAGCAACAAUUCUCGAAGAGCUGGGCCAAGUAUCGUACAUUUUCAGUGAUAAGACAGGAACUCUUACCGACAACAAAAUGAUCUUCAGAGCGCUCUCGAUUUGUGGUACAUCAUGGGUACACGACAUAGAUCAGACAAUCAACACAAUGAGAACUACCGAGUCUAAUGAAAGCGGUAACAUUGACGUUGUUUCCGUUGACGACAAAAGCUUUCUCAAGAAUUUUUCAGCCAAGACCGACGUUUCUAGGAAAACAUCAAUAGAGUACAAGGGCAACAGUUCAGCUACUUAUACAGGCAGACCAAGUAUGGCAUCUCGUAUUCAAAUGGAAGAGGAAAGACGAUCUAGCGGUAUAGUUGGAGUCGAUUCAAGCAUCAAGAAGCGGCCUGCAGCAAAUGACGAGUUGAGAUCUUCUCAUGAGCUUAUACAAUACAUCCAGCGCCACCCUCACACAUAUUACAGCGAAAAAGCCAAGUUUUUUAUCAUGGCAUUAGCCCUCUGUCACUCUUGUUUACCGCGAAAAGCGUCCGAUGCAGAUGAGGAAGAUACCGUCGAGUAUCAAGCAUCUUCUCCAGACGAGUUAGCACUGGUCACUGCAGCUAGGGAUAUGGGUUAUGCGGUUUUGAAUCGUAAUGGCACUGUUUUAACGAUCAAAUCGUACCCGUCUGGAUUUGAAGGCAAUCCUGUAAUAGAGGAUUAUGAAAUUUUGCAUUUUAUCGACUUUACUUCUGACCGCAAAAGAAUGUCAGUAUUAGUUCGCAUGCCACUGGAACCGAAUCGAGUACUUUUGAUUUGUAAGGGUGCUGACAAUGUGAUUCUCGAACGCCUUCACAACAGCAAUCUUGCAAGCCAGAAAAUUUCGGAGCUGCAGGAAUCUACUAAUGAGAGAAAGACUGCAGAAGCAGAUCUCAUUUUGAAACAAAGACAAUCCUUGGAAUUGGCGGCCCAAGCCAGACCCAAAACAUCUCUUAGGCGAAAGUCAUCCCAAAGACAAAGUGUCAGGGUAUCUCUUCAAGCGGCAAGAAAGAGUCUGUCUAUAAAGAGUCUAUCCAGAAAAAGCAUGGGCGGCGGUGAUCCAGAGGUUCAAAUAAAUUCUAUUGAUGAAUUCUUGAAUGACGUCGAACGAGCUGACAAUGAGGUGCAUGACAUUUACUUCAAAAGUCGCAAGUCGCUCCAAAAGCAACAGAAGGAGCGCUACAAUCCUACUAUCCAGAACUCAGCGGGAUCUGGAUCUACCGACUUAUCUUCCGAAUUUUUAGCCGCGACUCCGCCUGAUGUUACUCGAGACUUGAGUGAUUUUGAUCUUGAAUCUUAUAUUGGCGACGAAACAUUACUAAAAAACGAAGGUUAUGUUCUGGAGCGGUCGUUACAAGCAAUUGAUGAGUUUUCAACAAAUGGACUCAGAACCCUUCUCUACAGCUACAAGUGGAUUGAUGCCGAGACUUACGAAAAGUGGGCUGAUGAAUAUAAUGCAGCGAAAACGUCUUUAGAGCGAAGGAAGGAGAAAAUGCAGUCUGUUGGCGAAACUGUAGAAACUUCAAUGAAUUUACUGGGUGUAACCGCUAUUGAGGACAAAUUGCAAGAAGGUGUUGCCGAUGCUAUCAACAAGAUAAGAAGAGCUGGCAUCAAAAUGUGGAUGCUGACUGGUGAUAAGCGUGAAACAGCGAUUAAUAUCGGCUAUUCCUGCAAUUUGAUUCACGAUUAUUCGACAGUGGUUAUUCUGUCAGCUGAGGAUGAAAACAUGUCUUCUAAGCUGACCGCUUUAACUCAAGAGAUCGAGAGAGGAAAUGUCGCCCAUUGUGUUGUAGUAAUUGAUGGCUCAACAUUGGCCACAUUCGAGACGAACCCUAUUUUGAUGUCUGUAUUUGUGGAGCUCUGCACCAAGACUGAUUCGGUCAUUUGUUGUAGGGCAUCACCAUCGCAAAAAGCCUUGAUGGUUUCCAACAUUAGAAAGACCGAUAAGAAUUUAGUGACUUUAGCAAUUGGUGAUGGGGCAAAUGAUAUUGCCAUGAUCCAAUCGGCCGACAUUGGUGUUGGAAUUGCUGGGAAAGAGGGGCUUCAGGCGUCUAGGUCAUCGGACUAUUCGAUUGGUCAGUUCAGAUUUCUUCUCAAGCUAUUACUCGUGCACGGCCGUUACAAUUAUGUUCGCACUUCGAAAUUUGUUCUUUGUACGUUUUACAAAGAGCUUCUCUUUUACAUCACUCAAAUGAUCUAUCAGAGACACACCCUGUUUUCUGGUACAUCAUUAUAUGAGCCCUGGUCUCUUUCAAUGUUCAACACACUUUUCACAUCGCUCCCUGUUUUAUGCAUAGGGAUGUUUGAAAAGGAUCUCAAGCCAAUGACCUUGUUGGCUAUCCCAGAGCUAUACUCAUCUGGUCGUUUGUCGGAAAGUUUCAACCUGAAAGUAUUUCUGUUUUGGAUGUUCGAGGCGGCAUUGAACUCGGUGGUUAUCUCGUUUCUCAAUUGGAAGAUCUGGGCGGUAUCUUCGCUCUCGGACAAUACGAUUUACCCCAUCGGUGUCAUCAAUUUCACCGCGAUUGUAGCGCUCGUAAACGUCAAGUGUCAGCUACUGGAAACUCACAAUCGAAACUUUCUGGCUCUUGGCUCUUUGAUAAUCUCCGUUGGGGGUUGGCUAGUGUGGUUAUGUUUACUGCCAGGUAUUUACUCACAAGACGGGCCUUACGAUGUCUUGGUUGGGCUAUACCACCAAUUUGGCGACGACGCAACCUUUUGGUGCUCGUGCCUCGUUUUGAUUUUGCUUCCUUUGAUACUUGAUAUUGUCAUAAAGGCUCUUAAAAUCAUGGUCAAGCCUUCCAACUCCGAAGUCUUCAUGGAAUUAGAGCAAAAGGAUGACGUGCGCAAGAAAUUGGAAAUCAAAGCAUUCAACGAACUGAAACAAGGCUGGACUUGGGACAGGGACCCUAGCACACUUUCUAGAUACACAGAUAAAGUUUUGCAUCGGCACGAAGGCGUUAUUGAUUCCGAUACCAGUGACGGGCCGAGAUCGAGAAAAAACACAAUCCCUGGUAAUAGUAAGACGUUAGCAGGUACAUUGGGAAAAGUCGGCGCACGGAAUGGUCCUAAAUACGAUAGCGAGGAGUAUGAGGUGCUACCAAGUGGUAAAGUGAUAAAGCGGCAUAAACCUGACUCAGAUCAAAAUAGCGGCCCCGGGGCUUUAAGCCAAAAGAUCAGCAAGAAGCUGAGGUUCAAGAUCAAAAGACAAGAAGAUGAAGACGUGGAUGCUAUUAUCGCGGAACGUCUCAGAGAUCUAGAAUAA